AAACCCCUCUCAAAGAUACGCUCAUUGAUACAUACUCAAAGAUAGAAUUAAGUGCAAAUGUCGUCCACAUCAAUCUCAAAGGAGCUCUCCGGAGGUUGCCUCUGUGGUGCCGUACGUUUUACCGUUACCUAUUCCGAAGACACGAAACGACCCAUAACAGGAGUAAGUGGGCCAGAGGACACAGCGGAUGGUGACUGACAAACCUCGCAGUGGAGUUCAUCUUGCCAGGUGAUAUAUCUCAGCCCAGCAAAGUGAGGAGGCGCUGAAAAUUGCAGUGUACAAUGUGCAGGAAGCAUACAGGCAGCUUGGUGCCACAGAUCUGCGCCUUUUCUACAGCCAGCAUCUCGCCUCCAUUCAAGGACAAUCCGGCAUACAAAACGUACAAGUCGUCAGCAACUGUAUACCGCGGCUUCUGCAGUGCUUGCGGCAGCCCCAUGACAUUCAAUGACGACAAAGAAGCCGAGUAUACCGACAUAUUCGUGGGUGUCUUCGACGAGGACGUCCUCCUAGGGAAGCGGGAUGAAGCCAAUGCUUGGGAGGAUGAUUAUGGACGCCAUGUUCCCCGAGUUGGAGGCUUCGGCAAGGAGCUGGGUGCAGCAAAGGAGCAUCUAUACUUGGAGAACUCUAUUCCUGGGUUGACUGACGAUUGGCCGGGCAAGAAGUGGCUGGCUAAUAGGCCUGACGGGAAGGCAUUUACUGGCAAGAUGUCCGACUUUGUAAGGCCUAGUUAGCUGAGAACGAAUCUGCGUUGUUCGUCCAUUGUAGAGCCAUUGAUGCAAUCGAGUCUGUUGGAUUAUGACAAUCGCCUACGGCAAUCACUGCCGGUAGCAAACAGGGCUU